UUGAGCUUGGUGCGGUCGAGUGUGCUUACGUCAGGACAAAACUUCUGCAUUUCUCUCGUGUACUCUGUGUUAUGUGAAUGAAAAAAUGUAUGAGUUAUCAACUCGACUGUGAGUGAUGUUACCAAUCUGCUUUGGGUGUUGAUACUCACUUGAAUACACUUGAAUUCGUUAACAAGAGAAUUCAACUUUCUAAUGAUCAACCAAAUCGUCUUCAUUACACAUCGAGAAGUUGGAAAGUAAAAGUAUAUGACCAAGUUUUUAAUCAUGGAAACGAAUUUAGAGGAAGCGUGCAGACUCUGUCUGACUACUGAAAAAAAGUGCUCUUCAAUCUUUCAACUACCUGCUAGCGAUGUUCCUUUCAUUGUGAAGAUUAAGGCCUGCUUAUCCAUCCAGGUUUCAGAAACUGACCCAAUAUCAACUUUCAUUUGUGCAUCAUGCAUAGAAAAUGUAAAUCAUUGGUAUUUUUACAAAGAAUCAUGUCUAAAGUCACAGAAUCAGUUACAAGAAUGGUUUAAAAAGAGAAAUAUUUCCAAAGCUAGUGCUGAUUCAGAUCCCUUGGAAAAUAAUGAAGUAGAUGAUGAAAAUACAAACAAAUUUGAAGGAGAAAUUUCUAAAGAUCAUAAUGAUGAACCAACAAUCAAGAGUAAUGUACCAAAUAAUUGUCUACCUAAUAAUCCUGAAAUUAAAAGUGAACCAAUGGAUUCUAGUGAUGACUAUUUUAAUGAUGAUGAGUCAAUCAAUGAUCAAGAACUUCUUGUUAAUCCUUUAUCUCCUGAAAAAAAUAAAGCUGAAGCAAUUGCUUCAAAAAAAGAAGGAGGAAUUAAAAACUCACUUAAAAGGAGAAUGCGUAAAAGAGGUCACACACAUUUUAGGGGUAUAAAAGUAUUCAAAAAAAAAUGUCCUCAUUGUCAUCUAUACCUGAAUUCUAAAUAUUCAUAUUAUCAACACAUCAACAAUACUCAUAGACAAUUAAAAACAGGACCUGAACAACAAUCUAAAGCAAAUGAACUUUUGAAAAAUGCAAAAUCAGUAUCAUCUUCUAUUCCUCAGAAUGAAAUAAAUACGGAACAAAUAAGUUAUCAAAAAUUGUUAAAAACUGAUCCUCUCACUCAUGACCAAAAAAAAAUUAUAAGUCAGUUAAAAACAUUUUCAUGUUACUCAUGUGAUUCAAUUUUUGAAAAUCGUAAAGACACUUUGACCCACAUCAGAAUUCAUCAUCCUGAUCUCAAAUUGUUUACUUGCAUAGCUUGUCUUAGCGAAUUUCCAGAUAAAACGCAGUAUAAAUUACACUGUGCUGCAUCAUUUGAAUGUGCUAUGAAGAUUGCUCUUGUCAUACCAGAAGUGGGCACUGAAAAAUAUUUUACCUGCAAUAUGUGCUUAUUAUCUUUAGAAAAUCGUAAAUGUCUUCUCAAUCAUUUGAGUAAACAUUCUGAAAAAAGUAGCAAACAGUUUUCCAGAUCUACUCCACUACCUUCACUGAUUUCAAUUUCAUCUCCAAGUAAAAAUAAAUGUGUAUCAAAAGUUUAUAUUUCUUCCCAAGCUGGACCAUACGUGGAUGGAGAUCCAAAUCAUAAUCAUGAAUGCAAUAUGUGUGGGAUGAUUUAUCGUUAUAAACCAAACUUGAUGAAACAUAAGAUAGUAUGCCUUACUUUACCAGAAAAUUUAAGAUCUACAUUUAAGUGCAUUCAUUGUUGCAUGACUUUCCGUGUCUUUGACAAAUUUAAAUCUCAUAUAUUUCGUUAUCAUAAAAAACAUGAAAUGAUUUGCUAUAAUUGUCACGAAUCAUAUACAGCUGAUGUAGAUUAUCUAAAUCACCAUGAAAUUCAUCGUGUGCCUAUAAAAAAUGAAGAACAGGAACAAAAUGAUGUUACAAACAUAAAUUCAUCAAAUUCUUCAGGAAACUUUAACAUAAAACCUUUCAAGUGUGCUCUAUGCGGAGAAAGUUUUGAUCAAAAAAUUGAACUUACAGAACACCGAAAUCUCCAUCUUAAAGUUAAAUUAUAUUCAUGUGUACUUUGUGGCAACUCUUUUAACAACUCUAGUGCUCUAGAAACUCAUAUGAAAAAUCAUGGUAUUAUUGAUGGAGAAACACACAAUGCUAUUCAGCAGCUGAAUGAAAGUAAUGCUGAGCACAAAUCAAUAAUUUAUGCUGGAAGUGGAAAUAGCGGAAAUAGGCUCAAUCAAUGUAAUGAGUGUGGCAGAUGCUUCUCUAAUACAGCUAAUCUCAACAGACACAUAACAAAUUUGCAUGUAUUGAAAAAAAAGCAGUGGGAUUGUGAUCAUUGCAGAAGCAAGUUUUAUUCAGCUGAAGAUUAUAAUGAUCAUCUUAGAUCAGAGCAUGGUCAAAAUACUACUGUUCAAAUUGUUGAAAAUACUGCGACCUCUGAUCGGGUUUCUAUUUUAUCUUCUGGAACUGGUAAACCAAAUAUGAAGUGUCCUCAUUGUGAAAGAAUAUUUGCUUAUCAAGCUAAUUUGGCUCAACAUUGUCAAAAAAUUCAUAAUGUGAUAAUUCACGAUUUUCGGAGUCUUAUUCAUGUAGCACGAUCGCCUCCUCCACCAAUACAGCAGCCUCCUGUACGCUCUGUAACUGUUCGUCAUUCAGCUCCAGCUAAACCAGUCAAUUCCGGUUGGCCCUGCGAUUUAUGUGACAGAGUCUUCAAAGAAGAACAGUCUAUGAAAACUCAUCGAGGUUGGCAUAUGAGAGAAAAUAGUCACCUUCCUAUGAUCAAUCGCAAUAUUAAUAAGCGAUCAUCCCUCGUUACUCUGCCGAGCUCAACAACUUUAACUCCCCUAAAAAGAGUGGGUUACACUACUGUGAGUGUAUCUCCAGAACCUAGGCCAGCUAAGGCUCGAAAGUCGUUUAUCAACAAUCCUCAGCGUAAGCAAUUAGAUGUUAUAGCUAGUUCUACAUUAUCAACAAAAGCUCCAUCCGAAACUCAAGACACUUCCUUGUCUACUUCAUCGGAUAUUCAAUGUCAAGUUUGCAAAGAAAGCUUCCCAAACUUGGAUGUCUUAAGCAGGCAUCUGUGGGAUGUUCAUUGUUCUUUAAAUAAACCUGACAAGACCUCAACUAGUGAGAUGCAAUGUCUAUUAUGUUCAAAUAAAUUUCCUGAUAACGAAUCCUUAAAUGAACAUAUGCUUCAGCACACAACUGAACCUUCUCAAAAUAGUAGUAUUGCAGAUGAACACUUGAAAUCUGAUAAGAGUAACUGCUUCCAUUGUGACAUAUGUGGCAAGAAUUAUACAAAUCGCAAAGUAUUUUUCAGACAUAAAAAAAUGCACAAAGCGUUACCACCAAAUGCCGCAAAUUUUCAGUCAUUGAAUACUAAAAGACCUUACUGUCAUCCAUGUCAAAAAGCAUUUUCAAAUGAUGCCUCUUUAAGAAGACACAAAAUUUCAGCUUGUCAUCAUAAUUAUAUUAAAUCCCAUAUAGUAACACCUAAAAAAUUGACGACUACUGCCAUUGUUCACCAAACAUCUCAUGAUUCUCAGAUCCAACAGAUAAAAACUGAACCAGACAUGGACGAAUAUAUGGAAGAAGAUAAUCCUACAAAGAAAAAGCAAUAUACAUGUUUAACAUGUAAUGUUACUUUUCCUAACAUGAGUAUACUUUACCAGCACAAACAGCGCAUGCAUAAAGUUCCCGAGAAAGAGCAAGUCAUUGGCGGAGUAUCUUCACAGCAAGUCAAAUCGCCAGCUAGACCAUUAUAUGUUGCAGUUAAGAAUCAAAAACAAAACGGUUUAGUUGAUUGUAAUCUUUGCGGUAAACAAUUUCCUGGUAUAUCAAAUUUGAAGCUUCAUUAUGCUCAUAAGCACAAAUCGGAAGGAAAAACGUUUGCUUGUACAAGCGCUGGUUGUAAGCAAAGCUUCACAAGCAUCAGUUUACUAAAAGCGCAUGAAACGAUGCAUUCAAGCAUUAUGUACAAUUGUCGUCUCUGUGAAAGACAUGUAUUUUCAAGGAGCGCUAUUAUCAAGCAUAUGUUGAUUGCUCAUAAAGCUUUGUAUAAAUCAGGAGCUAACACAAAUAGUCUGUGGUCAACUGUAGAUCUCUCGGCGUACACUAUCAAAAAUUGUCAAGGUACUUUUUGCACUAUUUGCAGAGUUAAGUAUCCGAAUCUCAGAGCAUUAAAAAUCCAUUAUUUGAAAAUCCACGAGCAGAAUAAUUAGUGGUCAUAAAGCAACUUGCCUAAAUAUUUUUAUAACAGAAAAUAAUGAUUAAGACUUUAAAUGGAAUUAGUUACAUUUGAAAGUAAACUACUGUACUUUUUUUAAAUAAUGCGACUUUUUAAAGUGAAUUAUUAUUUGUUGGUAUCUGACAGUUCUUACUAUUUGUUUAUAGUAAUCAGUGUUAAAAUGUAAAUUAAUGACAGUGUAAAGUUUAGUACAUUUUUUUAAUAAAUCACAUAAGGUAAUUAAUAAUCGUAUUUUUGAAGCUGAUAUGUCUAGGUACUUUAAUUUUUAAAUAAACUUCAUUUCAAUAAUUUAA